UGUGCACUUCCCCAGCUUUAACUAGUGAUCACAGUGGAUCUCAGGAGUGAGAACCCAUGUGAUCAAAACCUUUCAUGUCUGGGCAACAUGUCAGAAGUUGUUUUUAAUGAUAGUGAAACUUUAAUCAAAGCCAGUGGGACAGCUUACAUUCCCUGGGGAUUUCCCCAAUGACUCAUGGUUCAGGCAGCAUGAAAGUGAUGACAGAUUCUCUCUAAUGGCAUGAGCGUGUGAGCAUCAUUGCAUUAAGGCGGGUAGGGAUAGUGAAGUGGUGGCACGAACAUUUUUUACUAAUCGGUCCCAAAAUUUUUGUAGAAUUGCCCGUCUGCUGUUUCUGACUAAUAUUAAGGAUGUAUUUGCACUUUGUAGCAUAGUUUUCUGUCAGGAUUUUAUCUUGUAAGGUGUGAAGGCAAUAGAUAAGAAUUCUAUCUCCGUCUAAUGAUUGUACUACACAAGGGCGGCCACCUGUAAUUCUGUCCCUGCAGACAAUGCUGAGAGUUGUAGUUUUUGCGCAACCUUGGAGCUACAGGUUGCAGUACUCUCAUGGCUGCCGUGCUAACUCCGUCACUGUCCCCCGUCCUCCCGCCACUUUCCUCAGCCACGUCAGGUGUCACCUACAGCAGAGAAGGCAGCACACGGAUAUUUGAGGCGGCGACACUACGACUUCCCGCCUCUGCUCUUGCUCCGCCCUUCUUCCCCGCCGAGCCCCCGUGACGUCAAAGCCGAGGCCCACCUGACCUGUCAUGUCGAGUCACGUGAUCUACCUCCCGCACGCCGCCAUUUUGAAACGCCUGAGAGGAAAGAGAGUGAGUUUGCUGGGCUCUGCUUCUGAGGGGGAAUUAUCUUAUUCGUCUUCUUCUGAGGUGUGAUGGAAGGUAAGGAAAGUGGAGGUACAAGGAUCGAAGAAGGUAGAACUCUGGUUCCUGAUGCCAGGAUUACCCUGAUGCACACAGUCGAGGACAAGCAGAAAAGCAAUGAGCCCUUGAUUAAUGUGAUACAGAAACUCACUGCAAUGGUUAAAAGCCAAGAAUCAAGCAGAAAUACUGAAGUGAAGAAACGCCCAUACCCAGAUGAUGUUGCUAAUGUUCCACCAUCUAAGGAGCCUGAUCUGGCAAAUUUCUGUCCCAAGAGGGUCAAGGAACGGAAUCCCAGUGAGCAGGCUGUCAGUAGUCCUGCACCAAACAAUAAAAAAGUGAUGUUCUACCAGUGCAGUCUUUGCAAAUUUAUCUCUCCUUCUUUUGAGAUCCUCACAACCCAUGUGAAAAAUCAUGGACAACAUAAUGAAAUAAUCCUUAUGUGCUCAGAGUGCCACUUGACAUUUAAAACACACAGUGAACUUGAAAUCCACAUAAAAACACACUGUGAAAACGAAGUCUCCGCUCCUUCACAGGCUAAAGACCAGCCCAGAGAGGACAAGCAGGUGUCCCAAUGUUCAGAAGUCACUGAGCCGGUGAGAAAAAAAUGGUAUGCCUAUGAAGCUUACGGUUUGUACCGGUGUCUCAUCUGCAGAUAUACCUGUGGCCAACAGCGAAUGUUAAAGACCCAUGCUUGGAAACAUGCAGGAGAGGUUGACUUUUCAUACCCUAUAUUUGAGGAAGAGAAUGAGUCUGCUGGAUUGCCAGAUUCCACUGUUGCUCAUACACCACAAGGUAGUGAGUCAGUGCUUUCAGAAAAUAUCUACGUCAAGCAACAUGUGCAGGUAUCUGGAUGUGACCCUGUUCAGGAGCAUAGCUUGUUGCCGGUAGGUGUACAGAUCAAAAGGACUGAUGUUUUAAGCCAAACUAGUGCCCCAACACCUAUGACUGAAGUAGUAGUUGUCGAUGAGGCCUUAUCUGAAAAUGAUCAAGAUAACUUAAUUAGGGAGAGUCUUCUGUCCUCCGCACAGAAAAUCAUUAGCUGCAGCCAAAAUACAAAAGGCCAUGUGAAUGUAAUUGUAGAGCGUUUGCCAGGAGCUGAGGAAGCUGGUCCACAGAAACCCUUCUUAAUCAGCACAGAGGUGGAUGUUAAGAAGAAGAUGGUUCCUCAGGAUUCCCAAGAAGCAGGUUCUGUUGAAGUCUAUCAUGCUGAUAAAAAUGCAGUGGAGGGUGAAGAGAUUAUCAUAGGAUUUGAAGGAUCUGAUGAGAAUUCUCCUCCUGUGCGAAGAAGGACAAACUCGGAGUGUUUAAGACUUCACUCUUUGGCAGCAGAAGCAUUGGUAACCAUGCCUAUCAGAUUAGUUGAAUGUCCUAAAACCAGUUUCCGGCUUAUCCGUGAGCCUAAUUCCAUUAAUCCAGACACUGGUCAAGGGGAUGGUGGGGAUACUGUUGUAUCUUGCCCCACGGUUGAAUCUUCAAACGUUCCUGAAGAGAAUGAUGAUGUUAAUCAAAAGGAAGUGAAAGAGAGAGGUGAACUCACAGAGGCUCCUAUGAAAAUGGGUAUCAGCAUGUCUUUACUUAAAGUUAUCGAAAAGCUGAGAGAGAGAACAGAUCAGAACGCUACAGAUGAGGACAUCCUGAAAGAGUUACAGGACAAUGCUCAGAGUGAGUGCACCAAUGACCUCAGCUCUGGCAGUAACCUUGUGGAAUAUUUACCCAAUGCUGAACGUCCCUACCGAUGUCGCCUGUGCCAUUACACCAGUGAUAACAAAGGUUACAUAAAGCAGCACUUGCGUGUCCAUCGCCAGAGACAGCCUUACCAGUGCCCAAUCUGUGAGCACAUAGCAGAAAAUAGCAGUGAUCUGGAAAAUCACAUGAUCAACCACUGCAAAACCAUGAAGUAUGAGUGCAAGCACUGCAGUGAAUCCUUCUACUACAAGAGUCAGUUAAGAAAUCAUGAACGGGAACAUCACAGUGUUCUAGAUGCAAUGUCUACAACAAGUGAAGAUACGCAAGUCUGCACAGAAGAUGUAGAAGAAAAACUUUCUCCUGAAGACAACAAUUCAAGCAUCUCAAAGUUGUAUCAAUGUGAUGUGUGCAGCUACACAAGCUCUACAUAUGUCGGUGUGCGAAACCACAGAAGAAUUCACACUUCUGAUAAACCAUACAGGUGCUCACUUUGUGGCUAUGUGUGCAGUCAUCCUCCCUCUCUAAAAUCCCAUAUGUGGAAGCAUGCCAGUGACCAGAACUACAAUUAUGAACAAGUGAAUAAGGCAAUCAACGAGGCUAUGUCUCAGAGCAGUCGGAUACAGACAGAACCCUUGAACAGAUCACUAGAUGAGUCAAGUAUGACAUUGGACAGUGACCCAGUCAUUUCAGCUGCUCAUUCAACACCAGAAGUAACAUACAUAGAAAACCAGAAGGUGAAUGCCCUGCGUCAUACUUUGUGCAACACUGAGAAACUGCAAAGCCAGCUCAGGCCCGGGACAGAACUGUGUGUCCUGCUUUUCUGCUGCUGCAUUUGUGGCUUUGAGUCUACGAGCAAAGAACUUCUUAUGGAGCAUAUGAAAGCCCACGAGGGAGAAAUCAUUAACAUCAUACUGAAUAAAUCAGAGACCACAUCCUGAAUUGUGCCCACUGCUUCCACCAGACAUGAAGCUUGUUUCCUUGUGGAGUCUAUACAUUUAUUUUAUUUUUGUUCUUGUAAUAAAAGGGCACGUACUAUACAGAAGAAGGUACCACUGGUCAUUUGGGAUUGUGGCAAAUAUUAGUAAUACAUUUCAUAAGAUACUUAUUUUAUUUUUACUUUUCUUGUAGAAUUUAUUACUUUUGUAACAAUGGAGACUUUUCUGGGUUAUGCUUAAUCAAGAUUAAGUUCCAAAUCCCUUUAAUUAUUAGUCUGCCUCCUCAAUUAUACAAGUCAGUGUAUUUUUAUAUAAAUAUCAACAGAACAGAUGCAAGAAUGACUUUAGAAUAGUAAAAAACAGGAGACAUGGAAACCACUGUUUCUUUCAGGUUAUGAAUUUCUUUUCUUAUAUUUACGCAUGUAUAAUAUCUAGUAUGGACUAAGGCUUCUAAAGCCCAAUUAAGAUACAUUUUUGCAGAGGAGUGAUGAUAUUUGAUGGGCAUGCAUGUUAAGAGGUUAAUUGAACAAAGGCUUGUUAGUUCUGACAUGCCUAGAAAAUGCCUGCACAUCAUGGCACCACUGAGAGUUUUCCAUUACUGGGUAUCUCUGGCUAAGAUCUUAAGCAGAUUCUCAUUGAUUUGAAUCGACCUUUGUUCUAGAGCGGUGCCUAAGAUUUAAAUAGAUAGAAAACUAUAAGCAAUGGUAACAUGAAUUAAGUCAAUGGUGGUCUUAGUGCACGGACUUCAGAUUUCCCCUUUAAGUAAUAACUAUUGUGGAGACAUUUGUGAAGCUUUGUGACUGGCCACAAUGAACAAUUUGUAUGGGCACGUCAGAUACACCAACUUUUUAUAUGUUGUUCAUCUUGGUAAAACGUUAACCUUUCUAAUAUAAUUCAUAAGAAAAUGUAAUUUCCUUUUUAUAGAAAUCAUGGCUUUGUACAAGCUGAAGUACAGGCAUGGACAAAGUCCAGUAAGUGAGGGUGGGCUAGCACUCCUCUGUGCUCUCUCCUGUCUGAUAGUACUCCUCUGUUCUCUCUCCUGUCUGAUAGGACUCCUUUGUGCUCUCUUGUCUGAUAGGACUCCUUUGUGCUCUCUUGUCUGAUAGCACUCCUCUGUGCUCUCUCCUUUCUGAUGGGACUCCUCUGUGCUCUCUCCUGUCUGAUGAGACUCCUCUGUGCUCUCUCCUGUCUGAUGGGACGCUUCUGUGCUCUCUCCUGUCUGAUGGCACUCUUUUGUGCUCUCUCCUGUCUUAUGGCAUUCCUCUGUGCUCUCUCCUGUCUGAUAGCACUCCUCUGUGCUCUCUCCUGUCUGAUAGCACUCCUCUGUGCUCUCUCCUGUCUGAUAGCACUCCUCUGUGCUCUCUCCUGUCUGAUAGCACUCCUCUGUGCUCUCUCCUGUCUGAUAGCACUCAUCUGUGCUCUCUCCUGUCCUAUCAGACAGCACAGAGGAGUGCUACCCCACCCUCACUUACUGGACAUUGUGCAUGCCUGAGUUUCAGCUUGGACAAAGCCAUGAUUUUAUAAGCCAUGGUUUCUAUAAAAAGGAAAGACAAUUUUCUUACGAAGUAUAUAAGAAAGGUUAAUGUUUUGCCAAGAUGCAUAACAAAUAAAAGUUUAUUUGUAUCUGUCAGUGCCCAUUUGUUACAUUUAUUUGUGUUGCACACAAGAAUGAGUGCUAAAUGUCUACCACUUUUGGCUUGAGGUAGAUUGAUCAGAUUACUAAUUGAAGAGGUUCUGUAUUAUAAGGCCAUGUUCACACAACAAAAUUUCCGUGCUGAAUUCCACAGAAGAACUCAGCACGGAGAUUCUGCAACAGCAGAGUCCCAUUGAUUUCCAUAGGAUUCUGCUGCCCUGUUCUCUUGGCAGAAUUUCCCCACCAGAUGUUUCUGAUAUCCGCAGAAAGAAUAGUCAUGCCUAUUCUUUCUGCAGAGUCUGCAAGGAAAUGUGUUGCCAUGUAUGAAACGUGCAUUUCUAAGCGGUCCUAGCACUGGCAUGUUCUGCCAGUGCUCUUCUGUCAGCAGAACGUCUGCCCGGUAAUUUUACGAGCAGACAUUCCACAGUGUGAACUGCUUUAAGGUGCAUCUCCACUUGGCAGUUUUUUGUAAGAUCCAGCAGUAAGAAGAAGUAGAAGUCCUUACUUUAUAUUUCCCAUUCCUUUUUAAAUACGCUUCUGGUUUUAUCUUAAAAAUUGCAGUGGCAGUAUUCCAAAAAACUGCCCAGUGGAAAUCCAGCCUGAAGGUUUUUUUUUUUUGAGAUGUGAGAAAAAUUGAGCAAUGUAAUAAAAUAAAAGCAUUACUCACUCUAGACCCUUCAUGGGUUUAAUCAUUCCCCCACCAGUCUUUAUUGUACUGCAGAAAGGACAUGCUUGUAUGCACAUGUGACCGCUGUAGUCACUUGUGUACAGCAAGAGACUGCUGAGGACCAUGAUUGGCUGCAGCUUUUACAUAGGUAUAGUGACACAGGACACUGAAGCCUAGUAAACAAAGACCAGAAGGGACCACCAGAUCAGUGGAGAAAUCUUUCUGUUGAGUAAUGUAUUUAUUUCUUUUUGUUCUUUGUAUUGCUCAAUUAUUUCCACAUUUCAUUAAAUAUACUGAAAUGCUUAAAUAAGAACUCAAGUUGGUUAUUUUCUGAUAUGGGACUUGGACACAUGAGGAUUUAAUAGCUGGGGUCUGGGAGCUCAGAUCACCAUUGACUCCUGGAGUUAAGGGAUUUGGGAAGACCCUUUCAGCCCAAUGCCUGUUGCUUGUGUAGCUCAGUAUUGUGGAAUAGUCAAACAUUGAAAUCAAUGUGGCUGAUCUCCAUAGAUAAUUCAUUUUGAGUAUAUACAAUACACUGAGAUGCAUUUGAUAUGCUUUAGUUAUUUGUGAAUAGUAUUAAGUUUCAUGCUUGACAAGUAACAUUUUGGGGCUCUGUCAUUCAUAAGAGCAUUGGGAUAUGAACUAGAGGGACAAUUAGUAUACAAAAAAUUGGGGCUC